CAGGGUUUAUAAACAUAUUUGGUCCGUAUAGCUCUCCCUCUUCCAAAAGAGAACUGAUUCGGCUCAUACUGCGCAUUCUGAACUUGGAAGCAGGAGGGAAGGAAGGACCAGUUACAAGCUCGAGCAUCCCCUUCCAGCCCCAUGAAGCCCACCGAAAUGGCUAAAGAAGGAGCGGAGAUGACAGAGGAAACUGAGCACAUGAUAGAGAAGAAUGGCGCAAAGGAAACAGAAAAUGUAGUAUCUGCAGGAGAUGCCAAAGAAAUGCGAGCCGUAAUACUGUCCGGUUUUGGGGGUCUCAACAAACUCCGGGUAACCAAGAAGGCGAUGCCUGAGCCACAGGAAGGAGAAGUGAAAAUUCGCGUCAAAGCAUGUGGCUUGAACUUCCUGGACCUUAUGGUGCGUCAAGGGAAUAUUGACAAUCCUCCGAAAACUCCACUUGUCCCUGGAUUUGAAUGUUCUGGAAUAGUGGAGGCGAUGGGAGAAAACACAAAGGGAUUUGAGAUAGGAGACCGGGUUAUGGCUUUUGUAAAUUACAAUGCCUGGGCAGAGGUGGUUUGCACACCGCUGGAUUACGUCUAUAACAUGCCUGAUGAUAUGACUUUUCCUGAGGCAGCAGCCUUCUCCAUGAACUUCGUGGCUGCCUACAUGAUGCUGUUUGAGGUUGCCAAUCUGCGAGAGGGGAUGUCAGUAUUGGUCCACUCAGCAGGAGGGGGUGUGGGUCAAGCUGUGGCUCAGCUGUGCUCCACUAUACCCAGCGUCACCGUGUUUGGAACGGCCUCAUCUUUCAAACAUGAAGCCAUCAAAGACUCUGUGACCCACCUCUUCGACAGAAACGUUGAUUAUGUACAAGAAGUUAAAAAGAUCUCUCCAGAGGGAGUGGACAUCGUCCUGGACUGUCUGUGUGGGGAGAACACUGGUAAAGGCCUCGGUCUGCUGAGGCCUCUGGGAACCUACAUCCUCUACGGCUCAUCAAACAUGGUGACUGGGGAAACAAAGAGUUUCUUCAGCCUUGCAAAAUCUUGGUGGCAGGUUGAGAAGGUGAACCCUAUUAAACUCUACGAGGAGAACAAGGUCAUCGCUGGAUUCUCGCUGCUCAACCUCCUGUUCAAGCAGGGCAGGUGUGGGCAGGUGAAGACGGUGGUGGAGAAACUCUUCUCCCUAUACAACCAGAAGAAGAUCAAACCUGUGGUGGACUCCCUGUGGGCACUGGAGGAGGUAAAAGAAGCCAUGCAGAGGAUCCACGACAGAGGCAACAUAGGAAAGCUAAUCCUGGAUGUGGAGAAGUCUCCCACUCCUUUGAUGGCCAGUGACAGCACAGAGACCAGUGAGGCUGGUGAGGAGGAGGAGGAGCAUGAAGGGGACAAUGACAACAAGGAGCGCAUGCCCUUCAUCCAGUAGACCCAGGCACGGCACCACAACUGGCCUGGACACCUCAAUGGAAGGAGGUGGAGCGGGGGAUUAGUCCCAUAACAGACUACUCCACAACCAGAACUACGCACCGUGAACUCAAACCGUUGUACAGUAUGUGAGUGUAUGUUUGUGUGCAUGUGUGUGUGGGUCUGUUGUCUUUGUGUCUUUUGUUAUGUAAGAUGUUUGAAAGACAUAUGAAAACUCAUAAGACACUGGUUGUCAAAGUUGCCAAUCAACUAAAGUGCCAUUCACUAUCCAGUAUUAUGAUGAGCAUUGUGUUGCUGACCAAAUUAUGUUAAGAGAUGCUUAGACCUAUCUGCAGCCUCAUCGUUGUUCAUUGUCUUCUAUGGCAACCUUAACAAGGGAGCAAAGUAGGAACGGAGUGAAUAAGUGGUUGAUUGAGUGGCUUUUAGGGAAAAUAAGAGAUUGAGUGUGAAAGAGAACAGUAAGUGAGUGAGAGUGAACCAGCACAUAAGUGAUAUUGACCAUGCUUGUACUCAUGUUUUGGUGGUUGAAAGAAGAGGAAAACAAGGAGGGUGAGUGUUAAAGUAAACGUCUCCUCUAAGCUAUUUUCCACUUUCUCUUUUACCACUAUUAUGAUAACUCAGAAGUGAGAUUCAUUUCAGCUGCUUUGUGAGCACUAGUCACUCUGAUCACCACAUUACCACUGAAUACACAGCAAACCCAGAGCAGAUUGGCCUUGGGCUAUUUACCUCCACCUGCUGCAGUGAGUCUAUCAAAAUCACUAUCUGAGAUCGUUUCUCACCCUCCUCCCUCAGGUUAUCUUCAGCAGUGUGUGAGCUAGGAGAGCGUAUUAGGAAAUGCCACUGUAAAUGCCUGCUACCAUGUUUACCGUCACAUUAGGGAUCCAACCUUCUGCGGUGUUGUUAUGGGAUCACUAGUGCCUUUGAGCUAGAAGUCUGCAGCAGUCUUGUAGAAGAUUUCAGUAUUUGAAUUGUACCCAUUCCACAGACACUGGAUUUCAUGGUGGUUCAGCCAAAUGCCAGGCAGCAUUCUGAGUGUGUGUUUCCUACAUUUCUGCAACUAAUGAAAAUAAGAAAGAUAACGUCAGCUUUUGGCGUCAUCCAUAGUCCACAUUUCAGACAAACAAUGCAGAGAGAAAUGGCGUGGUAGUCAGGUGAUGAUGAUGCUGAUUAACCACACCCGUUUCUGUUUAGUCUGUGUUCUUUAUGCAUGUGUGUAAGAAGUUGUGUUAUGUUUACCUGCUGGUGCCUGUGUAUAGUGUACAAUGCCUCCCAAACAGAGUGCCACAGAGAGGGAGGACUAAAGACACAUUCACUUACAGAUGAGCUGAUGGGUCAUCAAAAAUGGAAGUACUAUUGCUGUGGAUACCACAGGACAGGAGUUAUUCAUAUCAGGUGUUAACAUCUCAUGUGAGAUGGAGUAUGACAACUAUAUUGUGCUACUAGUAUUAUCCAUAUGGAAAGUGUGAAAUCGUCCAUCGUACAAAGCUACAGUGGGGAAAAAAAGUAUUUAGUCAGCCACC